UCAUCAUGCAGGAUCGAAGUAGAUCAUCUCCCCCAACAUCUGGAUCCGAUUCAAGGUCCAGGCUAUCCCGUAAAUACACGAUCCGAAGUCAGUUCGGUAGCUCCCGACAGCGGGGAAGUCGCAAGAGUCGACCUUGUGACAUUUGCAAGAAACGGAAAACAGCAUGCGUUAUUCCUGUAGAGCCACCAUGUCUCUUUUGCAGGAGUCGCGGAUUGAUCUGUGAAUCGAAUGGAACCCAAUUCAGUUCAUCUGAGACCAAUUACACCGAAAGCGCAGCGGUUGAUCAUCCAUUUGAUGUUCCAACUGAAACCCACAUACCGGAUGAGCUGCAGCACCCCCCUGCUCACUUCAAUCCUGGGGUAGUUGUGUCUCCUCAUGCUGGAACCGAGCCAAACCCUUCUCCACAUUCUGAUGCUGUGUCCUUGGCAAUAGAGGCACCGCUACAGACCCCUUCACACCAAAUCCUGCCUUCAAGCACAGUGAUCGAGCCUCGUUCAAAUUCCCUUACUGGUAUUACUUCCCUGGAAGAUGUGGGCUACAGAACAUCACAUUGCAUGGGCCCAGCUGCGGAGCAGGAUUCUCAUCUAUUAGACGCUUUCAGGUCGAUGAUCUAUAGCGACAGAGAUGAGGUGGAUGCAAACAUUCUCACAGUCUCUGGAGGCACCUCUCAUCCAGAUGAACCCCCUGUACAUUUUCUACUUCUAGAGAAUGAGUUCCCUGAGCAUACAAACCGGGCCAUGCAGUCGGCCUCAGAUGACAUCGAAAUGAUAGUUCAUCCUUACGGGCCGAAACUUGUAAGACUUUAUUUCAGAUUGGUACAUCCAGCAUACCCGAUCUUGUCUAAAACUCGCUUUCUUCGUCAAUACUCUGAGCGCAAAGAAGGGUUGCCGGCUUCGCUGCGUGGAGCUGUCUAUGCCUUGGGAAGCAUCUUUUGGGACAAGGACGCAUCCUUGCCUUUGCCAUGCCCCUUCACUCAGCAUGAUCUGAUGGAUCGUGCUCAUACAUCACUACGCCGAGAACUCGAGGCACCUAACAUAUCCAAGCUCCAGUCUUGUCUUCUACUGCUUCACCCACGACCUCCAGAUAUAGACAGUGUAGAGACGCCGCACACAUGGAUAUGGGCAGCACAAGCAACAGCAUGUGCUCAGAUGGUAGGACUUCACCGAGACCCGAAGAAAUGGGAGAUUGCCCCAUGGGAAAAACACUUGCGCAAGAAGCUAUGGUGGGCAACUUAUAUGACCGACUGCUGGUCCUCUGUCUGCCAUGGAAAUCCACCCCACAUCCAUCCAAGCUCAUUUGAUACUGAGAUGCUCCAUAUUGAUGACUUACGUUUUGAUGAAGAUGUUCCUCAAGAUUUGGCUCAUUUGGUUGACCCAAAAAGCACCACUUUUAGAAUCAACGACGCUGUCAGGUUCCUUGAAACUGUAAAGGUUAGUAUAUACUUGCGCAAAAUACUUGACUGUUCCUUUCAGAUCAAUGCUACACACCGAACGACCGACGAAGUCCAAAAGACUCGAGAUCAACUUGUCGCAUUGCGGCAGGGUAGCGAAGAGUGGAGAGCUCUAAUACCCCACUGUCUCGGCGUGGAACAGAGUGGGACUCUGGGGAUCCAUUGGAAUGCCCCACUUCAUCUGUCAUUCUAUGCGGCGCAAGUGCUACUGUUUCGGGGCCUCAUGUAUCCAGCGACACGACAGGCAAAGAAUAACCCUGCGUCAAGUUUGCGAUCUUGGUUUACUUGCGCGCUCACCGAAUUUCAAUCAUUCACAAAUUUUAUGGGAGGUCUUACAGAAUGGGAUUUAGAGUCAUUUUGGGUUCGCCAUGCUAGGAGUCAACUCAUCCUAUGCGGAAAUUUUCUCAUCUACCUAUUCCUAUUGGCAUCGGAGCCAGAUCACGUCCAAGCAGCUUUCCGACUUCUAGAGCAAUUCCAUCACACGCUCCAGAGGCUCGGCACCACGGGAAACAUCGAUGGCAGAUUACUCUUCCGGCCAGUUAUGCUGCGAAUUGAUUCCUUUUUCGCUCAAGCUCCCGAUUUGCUUAAGCGAGGCGGAACAGGGACAAUCAAUUCGCCUCCAACGACAAGAUGAUCGAUUAUCAAAGAGCAUUAUCGCAUUCUAUAAGCCAUUACAUUGCUACAAUCUGAACUACUGAGAAAUUCGAUUGUAAACUAUAUGCUACACAGCCGACGAGCCGAGGACUCAGCUCUGAACAGCGAUAAUCGGCGUACUCUUCGCCGACGGUUCACCGAAACAGAUCGGUAUACCAGAAGCUCGCGAGUGGCACGUGCAUUCAC